AUGCCAACUUGGAAUCAAAUCCAAACACAACUUCGAAAUCCGAAUAAUCCAGUGGUAUUCUUCGACGUGUCUGUAGGCACUACAGAAAUCGGACGAAUGAUCUUUGAACUCUUUGAAGAUGUUUGUCCAAAAACAUCGGAGAAUUUUCGACAAUUCUGUACUGGAGAAUAUAGAAAGGAUGGUGUAUCUUUGGGUUUCAAAGGUGCUAUAUUUCACAGAGUCAUUAAGGAUUUUAUGAUCCAGGGUGGUGACUUUGUAAAUGGCGAUGGUACUGGAGUCAUCAGUAUCUAUGGUGGUGGAACAUUUCCUGAUGAAAACUUUACAUUAAAACAUGACUCACCUGGAUUGUUAUCCAUGGCUAAUAGCGGUAAAGAUACUAACGGCUGUCAGUUUUUCAUCACGUGUGCCAAGUGUAAUUUCUUGGAUGGUAAACAUGUUGUUUUUGGAAGAGUUAUCGAUGGACUUCUAGUUAUGAGAAAGGUAGAGAAUGUUCCCACAGGCCCAAACAAUAAACCAAAAAUUCCUGUGACAAUAUCUCAAUGCGGACAAAUGUAACGAUUAAUUAAUCAAUUUAUAUUUUUAUAUGUAAAUUAAAUGUAAGGGACGUUAUAAAAAGACUUGUUAUAUUUCUUCAGAAUAAGGACAGUACUUUAUAAUCAAAUAUCCUUUUCCCCAGUUCAAUAUUUCAAUAAUUUUCUAAUAUAUUUAUAUUUCAAUAAUCUAUAAUCGUAGUUUAAAUUGUUAAUUAUGACUGUAAUGAUUUACUCCGCAGCUAUUGGCAUCUUACAUUGGCCUCAGGUAUCUUAUAAUUUCCCGUUAAUAGGAAUUGCCUAUUAAGAGCUUGCCUAUUUAAUUGUAUUUAAAAGUUAAUGACAUCCUAAUCAACACGUUGAUAACUUGGUCGAGUUAAAGGUACGAUCGAAAAUUUCCGAUGCGAUAAAAAUGAAAGAAGUUGUUGUUUUACGAACUUCAAUUUUAUUACGUUAAAUUUUACAUACGAAAUAAAUAGUCACUAAUAUGAUCUACAUUGUAUUGUACUGGAUAAAAAUCCAAACGCGUUUAAGAUAUCAAUGCGGCUUACAACUCGAAUCGAUCUUCUCCAGAAGUAAAACACCCAAAAUAAACACGUGUGUACGACAAUGAUCAUAAUCUAACAUUAUGAUCAUUAUCGACUGAGAAAAUUUCAACCGUAAACGUUUAGGUCUUCAUUUCGUAUCUAAUUUGCAGUAAUCUAAUCGGAAGCUAAUUCUUCAUUCGUACAUAAUUCGUUUAUGGAACAAUUUAAUGUUAUAUCUAUUAAUAGCCUAAGAGAGACAAUCGAUGUACUUAACAGUGAGUCUUAUUUCUGCCUAGCUACGUUCAUUUUUUUUUUUUCCUUUUUAAUAUGCUCUGAAUUGUUACACGAAUUGAUAAACUGCUUAUACUACGUACAAUUAUUUCUCUCCUAUUUUAUUCAUGUUUUAUCAUGUUUGGUAUGUUUAUCAUACCGUUUCUCAAUUGCAAAACUAGGAAAUAGUUUAUUCGAAUAAUCAUUCUCGUCAGCACAUGAUCUCUUGCUUUGGUUGAUUGCGGAAUAAAUACGAAAAUAAAUUCCAGUUGCACUUACGUUGCAUAAAAUCGUGCGUGGAAAGACAAAUUCCCAAACGAUUUGCCAACUUCUUGAAAAAACGUUUCCACCAGUAAAAACCUUCUCGGCAAAUAAGUCUAUCAGCGUCUCAAACGAUAGCCAGCGUGCAAAGCACCAGCUCGAGAACGCCCUUUCGAAUAUUCUUUAUCAAUCACACUCGAUAAAUAUUCUCAGAAUCCUUCUUUCUGUUUGGAAGAAGCUUAUCUCGGUGCGCAAAAUUUGCUCGUUCGCUAAAAAAAGAAGAAAAAGAAACAACAACAACACGAUUCACGAAACUGUGAUAUUCCAAACGAGAAAUCGGCCGGUUUCGAGAGCCAUUCCUAUCACAUAA